AUUGCUCCAUACGAGCCAUCCAUUCCCUUGCCCUGAAUGUGGAGAGGCCUUCAAACGCAGGAAGGACCUGGACCUUCACUCUCUCAUACAUCAAGACAAGCAGCCAGUGACCUGCCCGCACUGCGCGUCACAGUUUAUCAACCAGUCAGUGCUGGACAUCCACCUGCAGAGGUGUCCUGUCACAGAGGAGGACAGGAACACCGGCCGUGGACGUGGACAAGGCCGUGGUCGCUCCACUGGACAGGUCGAGUGUGACCUCUGCGGUCACCGCUGCAUGACCCAAGAGGGCCUCGAUCUCCAUCGUUUAUCCCACACGGGCCAGACGCCGCUCAAGUGCCCAGUGAGGCCCUGCCGCCGCAGAUUUACCUCCAACAGCGCCCUGGAGGAGCACGUGCUGGCCCAUUUCCAGGGAAAGCUCUCAAAGUCCAAAAGCCGACCACGCUUCCGCUGCGAAAUCUGCCUCAAGGAGUUUGCAUACAAUUCCACCUUCAGCGUUCACAUGAGGACACAUACUGAUGAGAGACCCUUCGAGUGCGCCACCUGUGGGAAGCGUUUCCGCCAGCUGCCCCAUCUGCAGGACCACGAGCGGAUCCACUCUGGUCUGCGGCCAUUCUGCUGCUGGAUCUGUGGAAAGAGCUUCAGCGUGGCCGCCCGUCUCACCGAGCAUGCCCGCACCCACAGUGGCGAGAAACCCUACCCAUGUCCCCACUGCCCUGCCGCCUUCCGCUCUCGUCCCAAUCUGGACAAACACUUGCGCCAACAUGGAGACAUUCCCCCGGAAGCAGUCGAGCAGGUGGUGCAGGCCGCUGAGGUCGCUCACGUGCAGAAGGUGUUGGAGGGGGCCAAGGCACUGUCCAACCUGACCACCACUACAGAGCUGGAGUCUGGCACUGUGCAGACCAUAUAUGUGCUACAGGAAGGUGAAGAAGGCACAGAGACGGUGAUGAUCCCCUCUGAUCAGCUCGGUGGCAUAGAGGGAACCUCACAGGUCGUCAUCCUGCCCUCAUCUGUUCUAGGAGGUCAGGCUAUUACAGUUCCCUCCAUCGCCAUGGAGGAGAGUGAAAUCACUAUGGUGGAAACAAGCCAGUCACCUCAACAUGCAAUCGAGUUCAUUGUGGAGGAGACUGUGUAAAAGCAAACUACAAGACUCUUAGGAAUUGAAGAGUUUCAAAAUGAGUAACUUACUUAAAUUGUGUUGGAUUCUUUAUUCACUUAAACAUUUAUUGGCAAACCCAGUAAAAACUUGUAAAAAGCAUAAAACAAAAGGCAGCACAAUCCAGCACUUAAAACAAACUAAAACCCUUUAAUUUGACUUGAUCUGUUCAGUGGAAAGAUAAAGACCUCAUGCUUCUUACCAAAAUCACAUGUUGCACAUUUUCUGGCACCCCCGCUGUUCCUGCUUUGUAAAAAUGCCAAUCAGACACCACUUGAACUGUUCAAUUACCAUGAAGCUAACAGGCAAGGGUAAUCUGUAGCCAUUCUGCUUUCCACUUUAGACAAGAGUGCAGAUUCUUUGAUACUCUCUUCUUCAGCUCAGCCAACAGGUUUUUAAUUUUGUAUUUAUUUAUCCUUGUUUUUUUGUUUCUAUUUUGAUGAUUAAGGUCCAUGAAUUGAGAUGACCAGAGUAAAAAUAAUUUUGUGUCUAGGGAGCCAUUUUUGGUUGAUAUUGUGUUUUUUAAUGGAAAUAUGAGGCCCACAGUAGCACAGUUUCUCUGCCUCGUAGGGAUGAGGUGUUUUCCCACAUCGUCUCACACCAAACCCACUUGGAGUGUUUUUUACAGCAAUGCUCAGUGCUAAUCUUUUCCAACCAACAUUUUUGUUGCUACAGAGUAAAGCAUGUUAAUGGUUUUGGCAGUUGGACAGAAAAAGGCUACUUUUCCCCAAAGAAAUACUUGUUGUGGCGACCUGGUGAGAGACCUGGCUCUUUGCUGCAGUGCUGAACUGAAAGAGGUGAACCUUCAAGGCUACACAGGAACUUUGAUCCAUAGAAAAAGAAGGUGGACAUACAAGUAAAUAUAGUUCAAUUAAAGCUAACAUUUCAGUACGGGGUUUCUGUGAGAGAUUACCCUAUUUUGUUUGGAAGAUUUUUUUUUUUUUAUUAUUCAUCUUUUCCAUGGGCCAAGCAAAAUAUGUCCUUCUCUGUAUAAUAACUUAACAUGAGCUGAAAACAAUUUCUGUAGCAAUGUUGACUAAUGAGGUGAACACUGAUCUGUGUAGGAGACUAACUUGUAGUCAUUUAAAGUGGUUUAAAAACAGAUUGUAAAAUGAUCUCUUUGAUUCAUAACUAAUGUGUUUGUACAGCCUGUAGGGUAAAACAUUUGUCCUGUAAUAUGUUCUGUUUUCCUAAAAAUAAAAAGCCUCAG